AUGCGUGCUUAUAUCUUUACGUUUUUACUGAUUGUUUUGGCUACUUUUUCAGCAUCCGCAAUCGACAUUGUUUAUCCGUCAUCGCUAUUUUAUUGGGUAUAUGGUAGUGUUCAGUCUGUUAAGUGGACUUCUAACUCAUCGGAUCCUUCAUCUUUCAACAUUUAUUUGAGGAAUAAUGUAAGUUUCUUAGCAUCCGGAAGUGGUCUUGCUCUCGCAAACAACGUUCUCACUAGUCUUCAACAAACGAAUAUUACCCUUUCCGAUAAUUACGGUCAAGAGCAAGGUUUUUUCAUUUACUUCUCCCAUCCUACUAAUGCCUCAAUGAUUUACGCCACCUCCGAGUUGUUUUCGAUCAAGCCAAGCGCCUCAGUUUAUACUCCUCCAUCAACCCCAACUCCUACUCCCGAACCUCCUUCUAAAUCUGCUGCUGGUAGAUCUGCUGCCGGAACAUCAUCUCCUUAUAAAAGUUUUGGUGCACUUAUUUUAUUGGCCGUCGUUUCUUUCAUGUUCAUUAUUUAA